CACUUCUGCCACUCGGGAGCUGGCAUCCACUCCUUCCCGGUCUCCCUUUGUCCGGUCCCCCCCAUCCGCCCCCUCCCCCAUCUCUUCUCCCAUCCCCUGCCCCGCGAAACCCUCCCUCCUCUGUCCCUCUCCCCGUGUCCCCGCUCCUGCGCCUCUAGCCAGCACGCUGCGCACCCCUCGGGCGAUCAGCACCGGUGCUUUCCCGGGGCGAUCUGCACCCCCGUGCUCCCCGCUCUCUCCUUCAGCUCCAUCUCACCGCCCGCCUGGCCUCGCGCUCGCCGGCGGCACCCUGCUCCCAUCCCGAGUGGGUUGCGCGCCGGGCUGCCGCCUGGUCAUGUCAGGAUGGAGAUCCGGCAGCACGAGUGGCUCUCGGCCUCCCCCCACGAGGGCUUCGAGCAGAUGAGGUUGAAAAGCCGCCCCAAGGAGCCCUCGCCCAGCCUGACCCGAGUGGGCGCGAACUUCUACAGCAGUGUCAAGCAGCAGGACUACAGCGCCAGCGUCUGGCUCCGGAGAAAAGAUAAGCUAGAACAUUCCCAGCAAAAGUGCAUUGUGAUCUUCGCUCUGGUCUGCUGCUUUGCGGUUCUGGUCGCGCUGAUAUUCUCAGCUGUGGACAUCAUGGGAGAAGAUGAGGAUGGACUCUCAGAGAAAAAUUGCCAAAAUAAAUGUCGAAUCGCCCUUGUGGAAAACAUUCCUGAAGGCCUUAACUACUCUGAAGAUGCCCCAUUUCACUUACCGCUUUUCCAAGGCUGGAUGAACUUACUCAACAUGGCCAAAAAAUCAGUUGACAUAGUGUCUUCCCAUUGGGACCUUAACCACACCCACCCGUCAGCAUGUCAGGGUCAACGACUCUUUGAGAAAUUGCUCCAACUGACAUCUCAAAAUAUCGAAGUCAAGCUGGUGAGCGAUGUGACUGCUGAUUCAAAGGUAUUAGAAGCCUUGAAAUUAAAGGGAGCCGAGGUGACAUACAUGAACAUGACCGCCUACAACAAAGGCCGGCUGCAGUCAUCCUUCUGGAUUGUGGACAAACAACAUGUGUACAUCGGCAGCGCAGGUUUGGACUGGAGAUCCCUUGGACAGAAGUUUCUAGUUGGAUGCAUUGAUAAUUACUUUGACCAAGUUUCAUUCUCCCUUACUCUCCAGCGUCACUGUUUCGGAAGCCCUGGGCCUAUGAUGAAAGAACUCGGUGUCAUCUUCUACAACUGCAGCUGCCUGGUCCUAGAUUUACAAAGGAUAUUUGCUUUAUAUAGCUCAUUAAAAUUCAAGAGCAGAGUACCUCAGACCUGGUCCAAGAGACUCUACGGAGUGUAUGACAAUGAGAAGAAGCUUCAACUCCAGUUGAACGAAACCAAGUCACAAGCCUUUGUGUCGAAUUCUCCCAAACUCUUCUGUCCUAAAAACAGAAGCUUUGACAUUGACGCCAUCUACAGCGUGAUUGAUGAUGCCAAGCAGUACGUGUACAUUGCUGUCACGGACUACCUGCCUAUAUCCAGUACGAGCACAAAAAGGACAUACUGGCCAGAUUUGGAUGGGAAAAUAAGAGAAGCUUUGGUGUUACGAAGCGUUAAAGUCCGGCUCCUCAUUAGCUUCUGGAAGGAGACUGACCCCCUCACAUUUAACUUCAUUUCGUCUCUUAAAGCUAUUUGCACUGAAAUAGCCAACUGCAGCUUGAAAGUUAAAUUUUUUGAUCUGGAAAGAGAGAAUGCUUGUGCAACGAAAGAACAAAAGAACCAGACCUUUCCCAAAUUAAACCGCAACAAGUACAUGGUGACAGACGGGGCAGCUUACAUUGGAAAUUUUGAUUGGGUAGGGAACGACUUUACCCAGAAUGCUGGCACGGGCCUUGUCAUCAACCAGGCAGAUGUGAGAGACAACAGGAGCAUCAUUAAGCAACUUAAAGAUGUCUUUGAAAGAGACUGGUAUUCACCUUAUGCCAAAUCCUUACAGCCAACCAAACAGCCGAACUGCUCAAAUCUGUCCAAACUCAAGACUCCCUCCAACCAACCUGCCACUCACAAUGCCACCGGGAGGGAGCCCCUGAGUGCAUAGCUCACUGACAGACAAGCAAGGCUUCAGACCCAAUGCAGGAAGGACUAGAGCAAAGACAACGAUUUACUACAUCUUUUCUUUUUUUCUAAGGAGAAAUAAAAAAGCACACUUAUUAAAAUGUUCUCUGAAUGACAUGUAAUAUCUAGCUAACAACAUCUUAGCACCGUAUAUUAAAUUUAAGACUUUCAUAUCUAUGAGCUCUAACAGAGAAUGUCAUUCCAGCAUAGGAGUUAGUUUUUUCUGUCUGCAUACAGAUUUUAAGACUUGGUUCUUGUCUCCUGUUUCUUACUGGUUUUAGAACCUUUUCUGCUGGCCCAGCUGCCCAGGUUUUAGUAUGAGGUGAGCCCUAUCCUUUAAUAAUGCUGAAGUCUGGAGUUAGAGAAAGCGGGGAGAAAACACAGACAGACAGACCCAAGUUUCUGCCCUAAUAAACCAUCUCCAAGACCUCAGGCAGCUGAGCAAAGACGCCCUCAUCUCAUGCCAGCCCUCAAGACCCCUGAAAAACACCCAUUUUUAUCCCGUUGUCUUCUGAUACCAUGUUUUCUUUGGUAUCAGUCUGUCUUCUCACUAAAUGUUCUUGUUUAACAGCAUCCCUGUGUUUACCUCAGCACUAGUGCAAAGUGUGAGAAUAUCUUUGGGAAAGGUAUGAAUUCCCCAGAAUGCAUACAAUAUAGAAAUAACAGUCUUUCAUUUUCACCUUUCAACUGCAUUCUUUUCCCCUCCCAAAUUGGUUAUUUUAUUUUAAAAACCACAGUCGGCCCUCUCUCUUUCAUAUAUAUAUAUAUAUAUAUAUAUAUAUAUAUAUAUAUAUAUGCACAUAUAUGUAUGUAUACACACUUUCCUCAAGCUCAGAAAAAUGAAGCGCCCCUGCUUAAUAGUCAGCAAGCCAUUGAGUCUGCAUUUGAAGAACAAUGCCGUUUCAUAUUUGUGUUUGGUUUACAGUAUUAUAAAGGAAAGGUCUCUAUGCGUUGGUGGAUUUUAAUUUAUUUAGAAUUAUUAUGCUGUUAAGAGUAUGCCAGCAAAUGUUUAUAGAGCUAUUUAAUAUACCUUCUGCUAUUUAAUAUACCAAAUGCUUUUCAGACAAAUGCAAUUUAAAUACUGUGCUUAACAUAUUUUACUAAGAAACAGAAAUAUUGGAUUAUUGUUCUAUAAUGUCACUGUGUGUUGUUGUUUUAUAUCUCUACAAUAUAUAAUCCUGUAUUAAUGGAGACUGUUGCUA